AUGCAACUCCGUCUCAUCCCCCUCCUCUCCCUCAUCACCCCCCUCCUCGCCGCCCCAACCCCGGACCCAAACCCCAUCCUCACAGCCAUCACCACAAUCUCCUCCGACACCACCGCCCUCAACUCCACCGUCGCGUCCUGGGACGGCGACGCCCUCGCCCUCCUCGAAAUCACCGUCCAGUCCGCCAAGCUCCUCGCCGCCAUCAACCACGGCACCAAGGCCGCCAACAAGGCCGCCAACCUCACCCUCGCCCAGACCCUCGACGUCGCCACCGCCACCGUCAGCCUCGCCACGGGCGUCAACCAGACCAUCACCACCAUUGUGUCGGCGAAACCCAAAUUUGAUAAGCUGCUGGUGGUGAGCCCGGUGAUUUUGCUCAAUUUGAAGCUCGAGCAGGAUGCGUCGAGGGACUUUUCGGCGGCGGUGGUAGCCAAAGUGCCGGCGGAUUUGCAGGCUAUUGCGCAGGGGUUGACGCAGGGCAUUGACGAUAGCUUUUCGCAGGGAAUUGCGGUGUAUGAGACGUGGUAA